AAGAAUGCACAUUUUACGGCAUUCACACUAAGGUCAUACUGAAUCGAGCUAUUUUUUCGACUUUGGGAUUAAUUUAUUCUAAUUUAAGCUUUAAUUCGGCUUAAUUUGUUAAUACGUUGUUUACGAAAUGGCCACGCAGUUUGGCGAAACCGCCGAGCCGAGCCGUUCACCUCGUCUGCGAUGUCCAGCUUAAUCUCGUCAAGAAAUCCGGAGAGCACGGACAUGGAGGUGCAGACAAGUCGCGUUGUCCCCGAUGGCGGCUACGGAUGGAUUGUUGUGGCCGCCGUGGCCUUGAUAAAUAUGACCAAUCAGUCCAUUCUGUCUGUUUUUGGCCAGCUCUUUAUGGGCGAGCUGCACAGACUGCAGGAGGACACCUUCACGGCGGCCCUGAUCACGAAUCUCAAUAGUCUGGCCCUCAACUUUUCCGGCCUCUUCAUUGGACCCGCCAUCAAGAGCUUCAAGCCACGGAAUGUGGCCGCCACGGGUUGCAUCCUCGUCUCCUUGGGCCUGGCUCUUUGCGCCUUUGGUACCCAGAGUUGGCACUUCAUUGUGGGCUACAGCUUCUUCGUGGGCUUCGGCUUGGGCCUCAUCUCGCCCUCCACGUUCAUGGCCAUUAAUUCCUACUUUACCACUAAGAGGGGACGCGCUGUGGGUGUCUCACUGGCGGGAGCUGGCCUGGGACAGGUGCUCAUCCCUCAUCUGGUGCGUUAUCUCCUGGAGAACCACGGCUUUCGCUAUGCUGUCCUAGCUGUGUCCUGCCUUUCGCUGCUUGGACUCUUUGGUGCCGUCUUCUUGAAGCCCCUAAACCCGCCCGCUAAGCACAACAAUCGCAGACACAUUCGACUUCUGGCCGAGACAGAUGGCGAGAAAAGUCAAUCCAGUCCCCUUCAAGUGGUGAUUGUUGCUUCUAACCAACAAAAGAGCGAGAGUAGCCCACCAAAGACCGAUACUCUGUGCAGCCGAAUGGGUCAGCGUCUGGUGCAGGCCAUGGAUCUGGAGCUGCUCAAGGAUCUGGUCUUCUGGAGCAUUAUUGUGGGCAUGGCCCUGGUCUACACGGCCACCAUUAACUUCACAAUGAUUUUUCCCGGCUUUCUGGGACAAACAGCGAAGCUAAACAGCCAGUUGGUGGCCUUCUGCAUGUCCGUGGUGGCAGGAGCGGAUAUUGUGUGCCGCCUACUCCUACCCAUCAUCACGGAUCAGCUGAGAAUCCCCUACCGCGUGGUCUUCCUGAUCGGCAUCGCCGGGCUCUUCGUGGCCCGCUGUGUGCUGGCCGAGAAUCAGGAGCUGCCCGUGAUCAUCGCCAUGUCUGUGCUGACGGGCAUGAUGAAGUCGGCCACUGUGAUCAACAACAAUCUCACCAUUUCGGCGCACUGUCGCUCGGAGAAGCUGGCCGGCGGUUUGGGACUGAGCAUGAUGUCCAAGGGCGUCAUCGUAAUCACAGUGGGUCAGCUGCUGGGAUGGGUGCGGGACUACGCCGACUCCUACGUCAUCUGUCUGUAUGUUCAGGCAGCGAUUCUUCUCCUAGUGGUUCUCAUUUGGACCCCGGAGAUCUUCUACCGCCACCGCAGGCAACGACGAGCCACCACCAAGUCCAUGGAGACGCAGUCCUUGGACGCAGCCGAAGAAGUGACCAAGCUGAAUUCGUAG